UUAAAAAUUGACCAAACGUUGCACCUCACUCACUAACACACUCUUCUAACGUCGUCUCCACACUUUCCCUCUGCUAACGCCGUCCUCUCUCGCUCUGUCUAUCGCCAAACCCUAACCCUAACCCUAACGCCCCAAUGGCGUGCGACGACGACGACGACGACUUCCCUCUCCUCCACGAAAAGACCCCGUCCUCCUCCAACCCCACCCCACAAACACUUGAUUUCGCCGGAAAAUGCCCCCCAUUCUGCUUCCCCGACGACCCCCUCACCUUCUCCGGCGACCGGAAAACCCUGAUACGGCCGGAGAAGCGCAAGGAGGCGGAGGAUUCCGGCGACUCCUCCUUCGCGAAGAAACACCACCACCACCAUCACAGCGGCCCCAAAAUCUUAUCAGUCUCAUCGUCUUCGUGCUCAGAGAUAAAGAAGGAUAGAGAAGAAUGGAGUGAUUGUGCAAUUAACAGUUUGUUGGAGGCGUACACGGAGAAGUAUGUGGAGUUAAACAGGGGGAAUUUGAGGGGGAGAGAUUGGGAUGAAGUGGCCAUGGCGGUUAGUGCGAGAAAGGGGGGAAAGGGAGGGACGAAGAGCGUUGAACAGUGUAAGAAUAAAGUGGAUAAUUUGAAGAAAAGGUACAAAGCAGAGAGGCAACGGAUGGGAGGGAGUGGAAUGAGUCACUGGCCGUGGUUUAAGAAGAUGGAGGAGAUUGUUGGUGGAGGAGGAGGAGGGGUGAAGAGUGGAGGAGAGGGAGAGGAGGCGGUAGAGAGAGAAAGGGUGGUUUCUAGUGGAGUGGUGAGUGUGGUGGGGAACAGCGGGAGACAGGCGAAGAGAUACACAGUGGUAUCACCCAACACCAGUGGGUUGCCAAAUACAUUAAAGACAAAGUCUUUAUCAAACCCAAGAUGGCGGAGAGUGGUUUUCAAAAUCAGUGGGGCUGCAUUAGCUGGAAAUGGCUCUCAAAAUGUUGACCCAAAGGUGACCUCAUUGAUUGCUAGAGAAGUUGUAGCAGUCAAUCGCCUUGGUGUAGAGUGUGAUAUCACUCAGGUUGCAAUCGUUGUUGGGGGUCGAAAUUUCUUUUGUGGAGAGUCAUGGACAGCUGCAACUGGCCUUGAUAGGACUGCUGCCGACCAAAUAGGGAUGAUGGCGACUGUAAUGAACUCCAUAUUGCUUCAGGCUUCCAUUGAGAACCUUGGCACUCAGACUCGCUUGCAGACUGCUUUUAAGAUGGCGGAGGUUGCAGAGCCCUACAUUAGGCGUCGUGCUAUACGACACCUUGAGAAAGGCAGGGUGGUCAUAUUCGGUGCUGGAACAGGAAACCCCUACUUUACCACUGAUACAGCAGCUGCCCUUAGAGCUUCAGAGAUAAAUGCAGAAGCAGUUCUUAAAGGGACAAAUGCUGAUGGACUUUAUGAUUGCGACUCCAGAAACAGUUCCAAUGUGGGUUUCGAGCACAUGUCAUACCGAGAUAUGAUAUCCAGAGGUCUCUCUGCAUCCAUGGACAUAACUGCAAUCCAUCUUUGUGAAGAGAACUGCAUCCCCGUUGUAAUCUUUAAUUUACUCGAGCCAGGAAACAUUUCAAGGGCAUUAUGUGGGGAUCCGGUAGGCAUCCUCAUCGAUCAGUCAGCUAGGAUUAGCUAAUGUGUGACCCUUUCCCUUUCUUCCUUCUUUCCAAAUCAAAGAUGCAGUCAGAUAAUGAAGGACUUCGCUGGCUGCUAAUCUUAUCAGAACAUUGAUAAUCCCAGCUUAUUCGCAUGGCCCUUAUUAUGGGUCAACACUGGAUUAAUACAACUUCACCCUAUUACACAUGUUUGGUUAUUGAAGAUGUACAGCAAAGAAUUCACAGCAAUGAGACCUCCCAGCAGUUUGAUUACUGAUGUGUGUGUGAGAGAGAGAUGGAAUGGAAAUCACUGCAGAACCAUUGGGUUGUGAACGACGAGAACUUUCGCUUCUGUGAAUAUGGAUAGCAUGGAUUGUUAAGGCAGAUCUGAAGGUCUCUGUAUAUGGAAAGACGUGUACUCUGAAUUUUGGCUGUAAAGUUUCCAAAAACUCCCUAGUGAAGGCCAGUUGCAAGCAAGGCAGUGGCUGUCAUGCCAUUUGACUGUGGAGGGAGUUGUAAUGCUGUACUCAAGGAAAUGGUUGUAAUUAAGGAAAUGGUUGUAAUCGCGGUUAAUUCCAAUAGACAGGGUUUGUGUUAGAUAUAUAGAAAUAUUGAGUGUAACAGAAAUCAGUGGAAUGGAUUAAUGUUUUCUUGUAUUCCCCAACAGUUAGGGGAAACUUGUAUUAGGGAUUGAUUUGAAUUUUGUUUGUCCUCAA